CAGAAGCAGCAGCAGUCUCUGCCCCGGCUCCCUCUGCUCCUGGAGAAGAAGCCAAAGAGGAGCAAAAGGAGCAAGAGGACCACGAGUCUGCAGCUGUGGUCACAGCAGAGCCUGAUGGUUCCAAGAGAGUGACAGAAGCAGCAGCAGUCUCUGCCCCGGCUCCCUCUGCUCCUGGAGAAGAAGCCAAAGAGGAGCAAAAGGAGCAAGAGGACCACGAGUCUGCAGCUGUGGUCACAGCAGAGCCUGAUGGUUCCAAGAGAAUGACAGAAGCAGCAGCAGUCUCUGCCCCGGCUCCCUCUGCUCCUGGAGAAGAAGCCAAAGAGGAGCAAAAGGAGCAAGAGGACCACGAGCCUGCAGCUGUGGUCACAGCAGAGCCUGAUGGUUCCAAGAGAAUGACAGAAGCAGCAGCAGUCUCUGCCCCGGCUCCCUCUGCUCCUGGAGAAGAAGCCAAAGAGGAGCAAAAGGAGCAAGAGGACCACGAGCCUGCAGCUGUGGUCACAGCAGAGCCUGAUGGCUCCAAGAGAAUGACAGAAGCAGCAGCAGUCUCUGCCCCGGCUCCCUCUGCUCCUGGAGAAGAAGCCAAAGAGGAGCAAAAGGAGCAAGAGGACCACGAGCCUGCAGCUGUGGUCACAGCAGAGCCUGAUGGCUCCAAGAGAAUGACAGAAGCAGCAGCAGUCUCUGCCCCGGCUCCCUCUGCUCCUGGAGAAGAAGCCAAAGAGGAGCAAAAGGAGCAAGAGGACCACGAGCCUGCAGCUGUGGUCACAGCAGAGCCUGAUGGUUCCAAGAGAAUGACAGAAGCAGCAGCAGUCUCUGCCCCGGCUCCCUCUGCUCCUGGAGAAGAAGCCAAAGAGGAGCAAAAGGAGCAAGAGGACCACGAGCCUGCAGCUGUGGUCACAGCAGAGCCUGAUGGUUCCAAGAGAAUGACAGAAGCAGCAGCAGUCUCUGCCCCGGCUCCCUCUGCUCCUGGAGAAGAAGCCAAAGAGGAGCAAAAGGAGCAAGAGGACCACGAGCCUGCAGCUGUGGUCACAGCAGAGCCUGAUGGCUCCAAGAGAAUGACAGAAGCAGCAGCAGUCUCUGCCCCGGCUCCCUCUGCUCCUGGAGAAGAAGCCAAAGAGGAGCAAAAGGAGCAAGAGGACCACGAGCCUGCAGCUGUGGUCACAGCAGAGCCUGAUGGUUCCAAGAGAAUGACAGAAGCAGCAGCAGUCUCUGCCCCGGCUCCCUCUGCUCCUGGAGAAGAAGCCAAAGAGGAGCAAAAGGAGCAAGAGGACCACGAGCCUGCAGCUGUGGUCACAGCAGAGCCUGAUGGCUCCAAGAGAAUGACAGAAGCAGCAGCAGUCUCUGCCCCGGCUCCCUCUGCUCCUGGAGAAGAAGCCAAAGAGGAGCAAAAGGAGCAAGAGGACCACGAGCCUGCAGCUGUGGUCACAGCAGAGCCUGAUGGUUCCAAGAGAAUGACAGAAGCAGCAGCAGUCUCUGCCCCGGCUCCCUCUGCUCCUGGAGAAGAAGCCAAAGAGGAGCAAAAGGAGCAAGAGGACCACGAGCCUGCAGCUGUGGUCACAGCAGAGCCUGAUGGCUCCAAGAGAAUGACAGAAGCAGCAGCAGUCUCUGCCCCGGCUCCCUCUGCUCCUGGAGAAGAAGCCAAAGAGGAGCAAAAGGAGCAAGAGGACCACGAGCCUGCAGCUGUGGUCACAGCAGAGCCUGAUGGUUCCAAGAGAAUGACAGAAGCAGCAGCAGUCUCUGCCCCGGCUCCCUCUGCUCCUGGAGAAGAAGCCAAAGAGGAGCAAAAGGAGCAAGAGGACCACGAGCCUGCAGCUGUGGUCACAGCAGAGCCUGAUGGUUCCAAGAGAAUGACAGAAGCAGCAGCAGUCUCUGCCCCGGCUCCCUCUGCUCCUGGAGAAGAAGCCAAAGAGGAGCAAAAGGAGCAAGAGGACCACGAGCCUGCGGCUGUGGUCACAGCAGAGCCUGAUGGUUCCAAGAGAAUGACAGAAGCAGCAGCAGUCUCUGCCCCGGCUCCCUCUGCUCCUGGAGAAGAAGCCAAAGAGGAGCAAAAGGAGCAAGAGGACCACGAGCCUGCGGCUGUGGUCACAGCAGAGCCUGAUGGCUCCAAGAGAAUGACAGAAGCAGCAGCAGUCUCUGCCCCGGCUCCCUCUGCUCCUGGAGAAGAAGCCAAAGAGGAGCAAAAGGAGCAAGAGGACCACGAGCCUGCGGCUGUGGUCACAGCAGAGCCUGAUGGCUCCAAGAGAAUGACAGAAGCAGCAGCAGUCUCUGCCCCGGCUCCCUCUGCUCCUGGAGAAGAAGCCAAAGAGGAGCAAAAGGAGCAAGAGGACCACGAGCCUGCGGCUGUGGUCACAGCAGAGCCUGAUGGCUCCAAGAGAAUGACAGAAGCAGCAGCAGUCUCUGCCCCGGCUCCCUCUGCUCCUGGAGAAGAAGCCAAAGAGGAGCAAAAGGAGCAAGAGGACCACGAGCCUGCGGCUGUGGUCACAGCAGAGCCUGAUGGCUCCAAGAGAAUCCUUCCAGAGAAAGAGCAGGAGCAGAUUGCCUUAUCAGAGAUGCCAUGCCAGACUCAGGGAGAGCUGAGAGCCCGAGAGCAGGAAGAGCAGCUCAGGCAGCAGGUGGAAGAGCCACAGGAGAAUGGCCAGAACAUCAAGGCAGAGCCACAAGCAGAGCUGCCCGAAGCUCAGAGUGCCAUCACAGAAGUGAAGAAGAGGAACCAGGAAGAGACAAGAAGAAUUCAAGAGGAGAUGAAUCUCCAUCAGCAGAGGGGCGAUCAACAAACCAGGUGACUGAAAGAGUGGCAGCCACUCCACUUGUGAAAGAUCCUCUCUCUCGUAUUAUAGAGAAAUUGAAGGAACAGCUGGACACAGACUUUCAGAAAGCUCACGCUAAGAUCAUGGCAAGGGAGAAGAGGCAGGAGGAAGAAAUGAAAAUCAUCAGAGAAAAACUUAAUCCCCUCCCUCAGGCUCUACAAAAGCAAGUGCAAGUGUUGACAUCUCACCGGGCAGCCGGCAAAGAC